AUGGGUUUAUUGCAUUAUAUUCUCCAAAAUGAUAAUCGAUGUCAUUGUCGAUCACGAAAGCAUAAACGCUAUUUACAUUAUCGUAUAGUAGAAGAUAAUCAACGGAAAUAUGUGUUUGGUGAUCGUCCUUGUACGAAUGAUCCUUGUCGCAAUCGACAUUCAAGUAAUGGUGAAGCUUUCCACGGUAAAAACUAUCAGCCACAGGUACGUUGGGCCGCGUUCAGCACUCGUGAUCCUAAGGCGAUAUGCAUUGGUUUUCAUACCACUACGUCUGAAGCAGCAGUCUCUACUGUUCUCAGUGAAUUUAUAGCAAGUAAAAGAGGAUUAUUGGGUAAGGGUGUGUAUUUUGCUCGAUCUAUAGCAGAUACGAUUGGUAAAACACAACAUGAGGGUGGUGCUUGCAUCAUAGCUGAGAUUCCAAUCCGUCAAAUAUUUGAAUUCGAUAAAAAGACGAUCUAUCAAGUUGGGAAAGAUGCACAUCGUGCCAUGAACUUGCGUAACUUUGUACAAAUUUCUGCAUGGCAUGAAGAUUAUGAUACAUGUUACAUGAGUUACGAACAAGAGAACAAAGACGAAUAUUGCAUUGAAAAUCCGGUGAAACAAACUAUUAGUUGGGUUGUGGUGAUUGAUAAAUUAAAAAAUCUCAAAGUUGUACGAUAUGAUCUUGACACUGAAGUUGACUCAACAAAAUGCUAUCGUAUUUAA